AUACGUUUAUUCCGAGUCACUUCAAGAGUCGAAGCAAAGGUCAAGUAGCAUGCUAUUCAUGCUUGGCGUACACUCGUGAGCCGUCGAAUCAUCGGAUAUUCGAACUGGAUCCUCCAACACCUUCGAACAUCACGGAUUUAUACGCUGUUCUGAGGAAGGGCGGUAUGAGGAUACCGGUAUAUGCGGAGAGAUGCGCCGAGACACGUGCGGGAAUGAAUCCGAAUUUCGUUGGUGCUAAAAUCUCGAUCUGCCCGAACACUGAGACUGAACCUGGCUCGUGUGUGAAACUCAAAGGACGAUUCAACGUGGUUCAGUGGAUCAGAGCUGUCAAUUGGAAGUUGAUCAGUCACGGGAUCGAACUUCGAACCCGUGAUGAUCAGCGACUGAUAGGUCUGGCCGAUAACGAUUUGUAUACCAAUACCAUUCACUUAACCGGAUGCCUAUGUGCGAGAUUCAUUUGGAGUGACGGAUUAUUCAGGAUCAAAAACCAUUUAUUUAUUCUUGGAUGCUGCCUGCUCCCUGGAAACGUGAAUUAUAUUGUUCACGCCAAUUCCCACCCAAACUGGAUGCUAAAAUCAAUAGUAAUUGCUAACGAAGAACGUCGAUCAAUCAAACGUCACUGCUGCAUGUGGCUGAAUUGUGAUGAUGCUUUAGGAUGA